AUGGGGUUGAGGACAUCUCCAUGGGAAUACGGAGCUCUCCAAGGCCUUGGGGACAUCUCCAUGGGCCUGGUAGGAUCUGUGGGGUCACCAUCAGCCAAGGUUGGCAUUGACCACCUCAAGGAUGACCUUGGCCAACCCAACGAUGAUGUUGACCACCCCAAGGUCAACGUUGACCGCUCCAGUGGAGGUGUUGACCACCCCAACGGUGUUGGCCAACUCACGUUGACCGCUCCGGUGGUGGCAUUGGCCACCCCAAGGGUGUUGGCCAACACUAGGGUGACCUUGGCCACCCCAACGGUGGUGUUGACCCACCCGAGGUCAACGUUGACCGCUCCAGCGGAGAUGUUGACCACCCCGAGGUUGACGUUGCCCAACCCAACGUCGCUCUUCCCCUCCCCCCACCGCCUUUUCUUCUUCUCCAGAACCUCCGACCCUUCCAUCCCCGUCUCGCCCGUCUCCGCCGUUCGAGCUUCUCGCGGCCUUCGCCGCUUGUCCCUCCUCCGCCUCCUCCGCGAGCAGGUCCUCCGCCACCCCCUCCUCCCCGCGCGCCUGGCGCUGUGCCCGCCCCCCGGCCCCCGAUCCCCCCCGUGGUGGGAACGGGGCCACCACGACGGAGAACUUCUCCGAGGAGCCGCCCGGCACGGCUUGGCGCACCCUGAAACCGCCAUCUUGGGGGACCCCGACUUCUCCUUCGCGGCGGGCGCGGUGGCGCUAUCUCCGCGCUCAGGCGGAGGUGGGGGGGACCCCCCCGCCACUCCGCCCGCCGCCGCCGCCCCAGAGCGUGGUGGGACAUCCAGCCCCGCCACUGGCGCCACCCACCGAGGACGAGGACUCGGAGCUGGAGAAGCUGUCGGCAUCCGCCUCCGAGUCGUCGUCCUGCGAGGAGGACAGCGACGAGGACAGGGGUGCGGAGCCGUCGUGCGGUGGGGGAGGAGGAGGAAGAGGAGGAGGAGGAAGAGGAAGAGGAGGAGGAAGAGGAAGAGGAAGAGGAGGAGGGGUCGCCCCCCCCUUUGCGGAGGGGGGGGGGGUCUCCCGCGCCCCCCCCGGGGACCCCCCCCAGGGGCCUCCCCCGGCCCCCCGGCACCUCCACGACUGGCCCAAGGAUCGGGCCCUGAUCCGCCGGCUGGACCUGGUGUGCCAAGCGGUGCUGGCGGGCGAGUGGCCGCUGGAGAAUUUGGGGGGGGUCCCGGGGGGUUACCCCGCCCCCUCCCCCCACCCCCUCCCCCCCCCCCCUCCCCCCCAGCGACCCCCCCCCCUUACACCCGCCUGCGCCAUCGAGGAGAAGGAGUUCACGGUGCAGAUUAA